CAUAAAAUCUAUGGUGUACGAAGCAUUCAUAUAACAGCAUAAUGCGUGCUCUGGCACUUCGCAUUGUGCGGUUGGAGCGUGCGGGCGUGCGGUCAUAUGCAAUAAAAUUAAUUGGCCAAGCAAUGAAGUACAUUCUGGUAACCGGUGGCGUAAUUAGCGGCGUGGGCAAGGGUGUUAUUGCCAGCUCGUUCGGUACUAUCCUCAAGCAUUGCAAUAUCCGUGUGACGUCCAUCAAAAUCGAUCCGUAUAUUAAUAUAGACGCCGGAACUUUUUCGCCGUAUGAGCAUGGAGAAGUAUACGUACUCGAUGAUGGUGGUGAGGUAGAUCUCGACUUGGGCAACUACGAACGCUUCCUGGAUAUUACUCUGCAUAAAGAUAAUAAUAUCACCACAGGGAAGAUUUAUCAACAUGUUAUUACAAAAGAGAGACGUGGAGAUUAUUUAGGAAAAACGGUGCAAGUGGUACCACAUAUCACUGACACUAUUCAGGAAUGGGUUGAGAAAGUUGCAAACGAGUCUGUAACAGAAGACGGAACUCAACCAGAGGUUUGCAUAGUAGAAUUGGGAGGCACAAUAGGCGACAUAGAGGGAAUGCCAUUUGUAGAAGCUUUUAGGCAGUUUCAGUUUCGAGUAAAGAAAGAGAAUUUCUGUGUUGCCCACGUAUCUUUGGUGCCGCAGCCAAGAUCGACCGGGGAGGCGAAAACAAAGCCGACACAGUCAAGCGUAAGAGAAUUACGUGGAUUAGGUCUGGCACCCGAUCUCAUAGUUUGUCGAUCGGAGAAGCCCAUUGGCGAUUCCGUUAAAGAAAAGAUCUCGAAUUUCUGUCAUGUGGCGCCAGAGCAGGUCAUAACUAUUCACGACCUGACGUCCAUAUACCGCGUGCCGCUCAUCAUGGAGCAUCAGGGUGUCAUCGAGUUCCUCAAUGAUCGAUUGCAGUUGAACAUAGGUUUACCGCGUCCGCGCUGCUUCAUGCGGAAGUGGCGAGACUUGGCCGAGCGCUUGGAUCAUCUACGGAAAGAUGUUAACAUCGCUCUAGUGGGCAAAUAUACAAAACUCGAGGAUUCUUACGCCUCCGUUACGAAGGCGUUGCAACACGCUGCCAUUGAGGCCGGAUAUAAAUUGAGCCUGACGUUUAUCGAGGCAGCUAAUUUGGAGCAGGCAACGCUAACAGAGAAUCCGGUAUUGUAUCACGAGGCUUGGCAGCAGCUUUGCAAGAGCAACGGUGUCAUUGUACCUGGCGGUUUCGGAAAGAGAGGGAUGGAAGGGAAGAUGAACGCGUGCAAAUGGUGCAGGACGAACGACAAGCCGUUCCUCGGUAUCUGCCUGGGUCUGCAAGCGGCGGUCAUCGAGUUUGCGCGGAACGUAUUGAAUCUCCAAACGGCGAACACUACCGAAAAUGAUCCACGUACUAUCUGUCCCGUAGUAAUAGACAUGCCGGAGCACAAUCAUGGCGUGAUGGGCGGAACAAUGAGACUCGGCAAGAGGCGAACGCGUUUCUACAACGAGAACUCCAUAUUAAAGAAAUUGUACGACAAUAAGGACGUCAUAGAAGAAAGACACAGACACAGGUACGAAAUAAAUCCCGAAUACGUUAACGAUUUGGAAUCGGCUGGUUUAAAAUUCGUAGGCCGCGAUUACGACGAAAAUAUACGGAUGGAGAUUGCUGAAUUGGAGGGGCAUAGUUACUAUGUCGCUACGCAAUUCCAUCCGGAGUAUCUGUCGAGACCGUUGAAACCAUCGCCGCCCUACCUUGGUUUGAUUUUGGCCAGCGUGGGCAAAUUGAAAAAUUAUUUAGCGCGGGGAUGCAAAUUCUCGCCACGUCAACUGAGUGAUAAUGAGUCAGAUGAAGAAUACGUGAGGGAGGAGGUAACGCGAUUGCACUUGUCCAACGGUACAAGCCGAAGUGGCAGCAAUUUAGAUUAUCGGCCCAUGUCAGCAUUGGACAGGUACGAUCCUAAUCUACUCGAUGAUGAAGAAUACUCAGACCUGUCUCAGGGCGAACGUGUAGCUGCGGAAGUAGAAAUGCGAAAAAGGGAUCGUGCCGCGGGCAUCAUAAGAGAUGAUCGUGACCUACUUUAUGACGAAACUGACGAGGAAGAUGUGCAAGCACGCAAACGUCGCAUGGCUGAAAAGGCUGCUACUGGCCUGAUGGAUGAUGUGGAGAUGGUCGAGUCUAUCGAAAACUUGGAGGAUACUAAAGGACAUUCAGUGAAAGAAUGGGUUAUGAUGUUAGGACCACAAACAGAAAUUUCGAACCGCUUUAAAAGCUUUCUUCGUACUCAUACAAAUUCCAAGGGGCAGUACAUGUAUAAGGAACGUAUUCGUCACAUGUGCGAAAGUAAUCAGUCCAGUUUUAUCGUGGAAUUUCCUAUUCUUGCCAGUAAGGAACACGUUUUGGCCUAUUUUUUACCAGAAGCGCCGUUCCAAAUGCUCGAAAUAUUUGAUAAAGUGACAAAAGAGCUGGUGCUAACGAUCUUUCCCAGUUACGAGCGAGUUACAUCGGAAAUUCACGUGAGAAUAUCGGAGUUACCAUUGAUAGAAGAAUUGCGCACGUUUAGGAAGCUUCACCUGAAUCAAUUGGUCCGCACUCUUGGCGUCGUAACGGCGACAACGGGAGUCCUGCCACAACUGUCGGUGGUGAAAUACGACUGUACGAAGUGCGGCUACGUUCUCGGACCAUUCGUCCAAUCGCAGAACACAGAGGUCAAGCCAGGCUCGUGUCCCGAGUGCCAGAGUGUCGGUCCAUUCAUGAUCAAUAUGGAACAAACUAUAUACAGGAACUACCAAAAAAUCACGAUCCAGGAGUCCCCAGGUAGAAUACCCGCUGGCAGAAUACCACGCAGCAAAGACUGCAUUCUAUUGUCCGAUCUCUGCGAUCGCUGCAAACCGGGAGACGAGAUAGACGUCACUGCUAUUUACACAAACAAUUACGACGGUUCCUUGAAUACUGAACAGGGCUUCCCGGUGUUCUCCACAGUAUUAUUAGCCAACCACUUAUUCGUCAAGGAUUCAAAGGAAAUCGUGGAUUCGCUGACGGAGGAGGACAUCUCGAGUAUACUCGCUCUCAGCAAGGAUCAGCGCAUCGCUGAUCGCAUAGUUGCAAGCAUCGCGCCCUCGAUUUACGGACACGAGAAUAUCAAGAGAGCCUUGGCAUUGGCGAUAUUCGGCGGCGAGCCGAAGAAUCCCGGUAAUAAGCACAAAGUGAGGGGUGACAUAAAUGUUCUGCUGUGCGGAGAUCCCGGCACCGCCAAGUCGCAGUUCUUGAAGUACGUAGAAAAGGUGGCACCUAGGGUGGUAUUCACUACGGGCCAGGGUGCGUCGGCCGUUGGUUUGACUGCCUACGUUAGAAGAUCGCCCACCAGCAGAGAGUGGACCUUGGAAGCUGGAGCUUUGGUCCUUGCUGAUCAUGGGAUAUGCCUCAUCGAUGAAUUCGACAAAAUGAACGAUCAAGACAGAACCUCUAUUCACGAAGCUAUGGAGCAGCAGAGCAUUUCUAUUUCCAAAGCUGGUAUCGUCACCUCUCUCCACGCCAGAUGCGCAGUGAUAGCGGCGUCUAAUCCUAUCGGUGGUCGAUACGAUCCUAGCAUGACCUUCGCGGAAAAUGUGGACCUCUCGGAGCCGAUUCUCUCGCGAUUUGACGCGCUAUGCAUAGUCAAGGACGAAGUCGAUCCCAUGCAGGAUCGUCACCUGGCAAAAUUCGUCGUUAACUCGCACAUCAAGCAUCAUCCGACGAGCACGGAGAGGACGCAAGCUGUAGAGCUGGAUCCCGCUACGCGGAGUCUAUGCAUCCCGCAGGAUCUCCUCAAAAAAUAUAUCGUUUACGCGAAACAAACCGUGCAUCCGAAGCUGGCCAGCAUAGAUCAGGACAAAGUGGCGAAAUUGUACAGUCAACUGAGACAAGAAAGCUUGGCGACUGGAAGCUUACCGAUCACCGUUCGUCACAUCGAGAGCAUAAUUCGCAUGGCGGAGGCUAGCGCCAAGAUGCACUUGAGAGAUCACGUUCAAGAGAGCGACAUGAAUCUCGCUAUCAGGAUGGUCCUCGACAGUUUCGUCGACACGCAGAAAUAUUCCGUUAUGAAAUCCAUGCGCCAGACAUUCCAAAAAUAUCUGUCAUAUAAGAAAGAUCACAGCGAACUCCUGUACUAUAUACUACGACAAAUCACUCUGGAUACUCUGGCCUUCCAAAAAGCUCUACACGGUGGACGUAUCAUGACUAUUGAGGUCACCGAAAAGGACCUGUUGGAACGGGCGAAGCAGAUUGACAUACACAAUCUACAUCCAUUCUACGAGAGUGAUAUAUUCAAGACGAAUAAUUUCGUCUACGAUUCAAGAAGAAAAGUAAUAGUGCAGACGUUUCCCGAAUGUAUCGAAGAUUGAUUUGAAAAAAAGUGGCGUUGCAGCCUCGCAUGUGUAUUUAAAUAAAACGAAACAGUAAUCCUUUGUAGUAUGUAAAACGUGUUUUAUCGUCGACAGCAUCAAAAGACUUGUUAACAUUCUUUGUCAUAAAAAUAACAUCUUCUGUUGAACAUUAUUGUUAUCUAAGUAUAAUCAUUACAAUCUCA